AGCUUGAUGGUGAGAAGAGAAGCAAAACAAUGGCGCUUCUCCACCAGGCCUGUGAGAAAUGGGGCUUCUUUCAGAUUGAGAACCAUGGAAUUGAUAAAGAGUUGAUGGACAAGGUGAAGCAGUUGGUGAAUCAACAUUAUAAAGAGAACAUGAAGAAGAGGUUCUACGACUCGGAAAUAGCAAAGAGCGUGGAGAAUACAGGCAAUACCACUAACAUAGACUGGGAAAGCACCUUUUUCAUUUGGCAUCGUCCAAACUCAAACAUCGAUGAGAUUACCUGCCUCUCGGAGGAUCUUCGCAAAACAAUGGAUGGAUACAUUGAUCAACUGAUCAACUUGGCAGAAAAGCUUUCAGAACUUAUGUGCGAGAAUCUGGGUUUGGAGAAGGGUUAUAUAAGGGAAGCAUUUACAGGAAGCAAAGGUCCUUCGGUGGGGACAAAAGUUGCAAAAUACCCUCAAUGCCAUAACCCUGAACUAGUCAGAGGACUGCGUGAGCACACAGAUGCUGGUGGGAUUAUUCUUUUGCUCCAAGAUGACAAAGUACCUGGUCUCGAAUUCUUCAAUGAUGGGCAAUGGGUAGAGAUUCCACCUUCCAAGAAUAACUCCAUCUUCAUUAACACAGGCGAACAAUUGGAAGCCGAACAAACAACCCGGCCUAUCGCUGUCCCACAGACUUAG